UGAUUCUGGUCCAGAAGACAAUAUUUGGAAAGGCAUCCUCUCUGUGAUUUUCUUCUUCCUAAUCAUCAGUGUUCUAGCUUUUCCAAAUGGGCCCUUUACUCGCCCACAUCCUGCAAUAUGGCGAAUGGUUUUUGGUCUCAGCGUUCUCUAUUUCCUGUUUCUGGUGUUUGUGCUCUUCCUCAACUUUGAGCAGGUAAAAUCAGUGAUGUAUUGGCUGGAUCCUAAUCUCCGAUAUGCUACCAGGGAAGCGGAUAUCAUGGAAUAUGCUGUGAACUGUCACGUUAUCACCUGGGAGAGAAUACUCAGCCAUUUUGAUAUAUUUGCCUUUGGGCAUUUCUGGGGCUGGUCAAUGAAGGCUUUGUUGAUCCGCAGCUAUGGCCUAUGUUGGACUAUUAGCAUCACCUGGGAGCUCACUGAGCUCUUCUUUAUGCAUCUUCUGCCUAAUUUUGCUGAAUGCUGGUGGGAUCAAGUCAUUUUGGACAUCCUGCUAUGUAACGGAGGUGGGAUCUGGCUGGGCAUGGUAGUUUGUCGUUUCUUGGAGAUGAGGACCUAUCACUGGGCAAGCUUCAAGGACAUUCACACCACCACAGGGAAAAUCAAAAGAGCUGUAUUACAGUUCACUCCAGCUAGCUGGACCUAUGUCCGCUGGUUUGACCCCAAGUCUUCAUUUCAAAGAGUGGCUGGAAUCUACCUUUUCAUGAUCAUCUGGCAGCUGACUGAGUUGAACACUUUCUUUUUGAAACAUAUCUUUGUGUUCCAAGCAAGCCACUCUUUGAGUUGGGGCAGAAUUCUUUUCAUUGGAAUUAUCACAGCACCCACUGUAAGGCAAUACUAUGCCUACCUGACAGAUACACAGUGCAAAAGGGUAGGAACUCAGUGCUGGGUGUUUGGGGUCAUUGCUUUCCUAGAAGCUAUUGUGUGCAUCAAGUUUGGACAAGAUCUUUUUUCCAAAACACAGAUAUUGUAUGUUGUGUUUUGGUUUCUUUGUGUGGCUUUUACUACUUUCCUGUGUUUAUAUGGCAUGGUUUGGUAUGCAGAAUACUAUGGCCACCGAGAAAAGACCCUGUCAGAAAGCGAAGACAGCCCAUACAGCCCAGAUGCCUCCUGGCUUCAUUCUAAAUUCACAAAAGGUACUGAAGAUAGUCCACCAAAACAUUCAGGCAACAGUGAGAGCCAUUCAUCAAGAAGGAGGAAUCGUCAUUCCAAAACAAAAGUAACCAAUGGAAUUGGCAAGAAAUAAGACCAGUCUUUAAAGAUGUUUCAGAGUGUCCCUAAAGAUGAGAAGGGAAACUGCACCUGGUUCUGAAUUCCCAAGUGGAAGGUUACUAAGAAUACAGGAGGAAUAUGUGGGGGAGAAAUGCUUUCAGUAAUCAAAGGGCCUAGUAAAAGUGGAGCCAUCAGUGUAUUGCAAACCAUCGCCUGCUGUCACUUGCCACUGGCUUCAAUCUAAUUUCUUCAGCACUUGGCACUCAAAAACUAGUAGUAUGUUGAAAAGCAUGGUUUGCUCACAACAGUUUUAAAACAUCUGCCCCCUGUCAUUGAAGGGGCUGAAUUUGCCCUCUGGAGACAGCCCUUCAUGGCAGUCAUUGAAGGGGGGCCAGUUCAGAACAACUUGGCAGAAACAAGAGGGUGGUGUCCACAGUUUACAACACUGUGAGCAGAUUUGAUAGCAAUAGACAGUUUUCAAGAAAGAAAGCUUGGAAUAAACAGGAAGCCACCACAAGUAAAUGGGACCAGCAGCUGCCAGUAUUGUGGUUUAAUGGCAAGUGCUUUAAAUCAAGUAUGGUGUCAAAUGAAAUCCAUAGAGGAGUUUACUUUCCUUAUUCAUCUGUGACAAGAACUGUUUGGUGUUCUAUCUAUUAAAACCAUGAUAUUUACUACAUUUCUCACAAGAUGGCACAGGAAUCACCCUGCACAUAACAGCAUCUCCCAUAGAAUUGCUCUGUAUUGAUUGCAAACUACUGUAUUUUGCAGUAACUCAGUAAAAAAAAAAAAA